AUGUAUUUAUUGAAGAUGCUGCUGGGCGUCGCGGUGCUGGCCACGUUGCUGGGUCAGGGUCUGUGCUCGGGGGUGUUCGAGCUGCGUCUGCAGGAGUUCCUCAACAAGAAGGGCGCGCAAGGCAACAGGAACUGCUGCGGUCGGGGGGGCAACGGCGGUGGGGGAUCCUCUUCACCUUCGUCCGUUCAGCAGUGCGCCUGCCAGACCUUCUUUCGCGUGUGUCUGAAGCACUACCAGCCCAACGCUUCGCCCGAGCCGCCGUGCACGUACGGCGGCGCCGUGACGCCCGUUCUGGGCGCCAACUCCUUCCAGGUGCCUGACACCAUCCCGGAGAGUUCAUUCACCAAUCCCAUCAGGAUCAACUUCGGAUUCACUUGGCCGGGGACCUUCUCUCUCAUCAUUGAGGCCCUGCACACUGACUCCAAAGACGAUCUGUCCACAGAGAACCCGGAGCGUGUGAUCAGCACCAUAAGCACGCAGCGGCACUUGACUGUGGGCGAGGAAUGGUCGCAGGACCUGCACACGGCCGGCCGAACGGAGCUCAAGUACGCCUAUCGUUUUGUGUGUGACGAACACUACUACGGCGACGGGUGCUCCGUCUUCUGUCGGCCCCGGGACGACGCCUUCGGACACUUUACGUGCGGAGAGCGUGGGGAAAUUGUGUGCGAUGCUGGAUGGAAAGGACAGUACUGUACCGAGCCGAUUUGCCUGCCUGGCUGCGAUGACGAGCACGGCUUCUGCGAGAAACCCGGCGAGUGCAAGUGCCGUGUAGGCUUCAAGGGGCGCUACUGCGACGAGUGCAUCCGAUACCCGGGCUGCCUCCACGGGACAUGCCAGCAGCCGUGGCAGUGCAACUGUCAGGAGGGGUGGGGAGGCCUCUUCUGCAACCAAGACCUGAACUACUGCACGCACCACAAGCCGUGCAUGAAUGGAGCCACUUGUAGCAACACGGGCCAGGGCAGCUACACCUGUUCCUGCAAACCCGGCUUCACGGGCGCCAGCUGUGAGCUGCAAGUCAAUGAAUGCGCCGGAAACCCUUGCCGAAAUGGGGGCAGCUGCACCGACCUCGAGAACACGUACAGGUGCGAAUGCCCUCACGGUUUCUACGGCAACAACUGCGAGCUAAGCGCCAUGACAUGCGCCGACGCACCGUGCUCCAACGGCGGCCGCUGCACCGACAACCCGGAUGGCGGCUACUUCUGCCAAUGCCCCACCGGGUACGCCGGCUUCACCUGCGAGAAGAAGAUAGAUCACUGUACCUCGGCGCCCUGCUCAAACGGUGCUCGUUGCGUGGAUCUGGUCAACUCGUACCUGUGCCAGUGCCCAGAUGGCUUCACGGGCAUGAACUGCGACAACACUGGUGACGAGUGUUCCUCGUACCCCUGCCAGAACGGUGGCACCUGCCAGGAUGGCGUCCACGGCUACACCUGCACCUGCCCGCCAGGUUACACGGGGCGCAACUGCAGCUCGCCCAUCAGCCGAUGCGAGCACAACCCAUGUCACAACGGCGCCACCUGCCACGAGAGGAACAACCGCUACGUCUGCGCCUGUGUCCCGGGUUACGGCGGACGCAACUGUCAGUUUUUGCUUCCGGAACACGCCGCCAUCCGAGGUUCCGAAGUGCCCUGGAUGGCUGUAGGAUCCGGGGUUGCCAUGGUGCUCCUACUUCUGGCAGGGUGCGCGGUCCUUGUCGGAUUCUUCCGCUCCAAAGUCCAACGUGACAGUCCCGGGGAAGUGGGAUGCGAGAGCGAAACCAUCAACAACCUGACUAAUAACUGCCAACGUGGUGAACGGGAUAGCAUGGUGUUGUCGACUCCGGGAGUGAAAAACAUCAACAAAAAGAUGGACUUAUGUAGCGGAGGGGACCCUGACGAAGGGUCGUCACCGGGGCGGCGGAGCUACAAGAGCAGGCCGCCACCUGCUGACUACAACCUGGUGCGCGAGGUCAUUUAUGAGCAGGCGGCCAAAGAAGCCGUAUUAGAGGCAGCCUGCGAAGACAAGUGCCAAUCUUCGGACUCCUUUGAGUUUGAGGAGAAACACAGCAAAUCCUUAAAAUGCGAUAUUUUGGAGAGGAAUAGCCCAGAAACGUCUGCAUGUGCAGACAACAAGUACAAAUCUGUGUUUGUCAUGUCGGAGGAGAAGGACGAAUGUAUAAUUGCAACUGAGGUGUAA